AUGAAAAAGCAGAGAGUCGCUAUUGGAGAAAAACACAGAAUGCACAUGCAUCUAGCUGCCAUAUAUUUUUUGCUAAUACUUAUCUUCAAAAUCGCAAGUUCUAAAGACAACAUUCUUCCUCAUCAACUUAAACUCAGUUCUACACUCACUUGUCGUCUUAUCGGAGGGCUGACCAGAGAACAAAGAUCCGUGUGUCACAGUUCUCCAGAUACUGCCGCUAUUGCUUUAGAAGGUCUACAAAUGGCGGUUAAGGAAUGUCAACAUCAAUUUCGAUGGCAUCGCUGGAACUGCUCCAGCCUUUUGACGAGAAGCACUAAUCCACACAAUAGUGCUAUAAUGAAAAGAGGUUUUCGUGAAGCUGCCUUUCUGUACGCGCUGACAGCGGCAGGGGUGGCACACUCUGUGGCACGCGCAUGCGCCCAAGGACGCCUCAUAUCCUGUGGCUGCGACCCCCUGGGAUACCGAACCACUCACGAGAGAGGCAGAGCCCGGGUGAACAAAUGGGAAUGGAGUGGCUGUUCCCAUAACCUGGCCUACGGAAUCGAAUUCUCCAAGAAAUUCCUAGACGUUCGUGAGCAAGUUGACGAUCUACAAUCAAAAAUCAAUGUUCAUAAUAACAACGCGGGAAGAUCGAAACUCGAUUUCCUUCGUACUCACAAUGUAAUUAACAUGAAAACUAAAGGUAAUCUGAAAGAUCCUUUGAUGUCAUCAGACGUAGGAACAACAAAGAGUAAAUUGACACCACUAAUACUCUCAUCUCAUAUGGAGGUACGAUGUAAGUGUCACGGCCUGUCUGGGAGCUGUCAAUUAAGGACGUGCUGGAGGACCACGCCCGACUUCAGAAUCGUAGCGUCCACAAUUAAACGAGAGUAUCGUAAGGCAUUAGUAGUGGCGCAAGAGGAGUUAAAUAAUAGCCCUUCAGUACUUCGUGGGCGUCCUCGUGGUAGAAGGCGAAGUCGUGCUAGACCGGCACCGAAAACAAGUCUAGUCUUCUUGGAGAAAUCACCAAGUUUCUGUGAAGCAGAUCCUAAGAUGGAUUCUGCGGGUACAUCAGGAAGGAUUUGUCGUAUUGGAAGAACCUCUCGCACGGGCUCGUGUGAUCUACUCUGUUGCGGGAGAGGUCACGAUUUAAUAAGAAAAUCCAGUGUCAAACCCUGCAAUUGCACCUUUCACUGGUGUUGCAGAGUUGACUGCCAGAAAUGUCAAGAUGACAAAUGGAUUGCUAUUUGCAAGUGA